AUGCGAUGUGGUACCGAUCUGCUGUGGUGGGCAGUGCGAAAGGCAAAGGCACAUUUUAGAAUGGUCAGUGUUUGUAAGUCAUUUGAUGUAAUUGCUAUAAUGCGCCAUAGGGUACUAAAUCAAAUAUCACGCUUGCAUUCAUCAUUGGCAAGCAGUAGUGAAGGUUCGCAUGUUUGGGAUAUAUUUGCAUCGGUUGCUCUCAUAAGGCCGCCUAUCAUUGCACCACCAAUGAAUGAUAUUGAAAAACGUUAUCACGAUUUUAUGCUACAGCGGGAAUUGGAAAAUUCACUCAGAUGUGAUUUUGAAUUGCGACAGCUAAGAGAUGAACGGCUUCUUAAGGAAAGAGAAAGAUUGAAAAUGAUUGGAGAGGAAGCUAAUCUACAAGAAGAAAUAGGAAUCCUUGCUUCUGUGGACGAAGAAAAUUGGCGGAAGCAAGCAGAUCGAAUUCGCGAACAGCUUGCAAUUGGGGAUCUCACCAAGUUUUCAAAAGCUGACAGCAAAAGUUUGCAAAGGAAAAUUGAUGAAUUUCUUGUGCUUAUCGUAUGUCAGAAAUUUGGACGGAAGGACGGUUAUCAUUCACCGUGGCAUCUGCCUCAACUGCAAAAUCUCCCAGGCGAAUCAUUAAAACAAACUUCAGAGCGUUGUCUCAAAGAAUUAUUUACCACUGAAGUGUAUGGAAAAGGAAUAAGCAAUGCACCGUUCUCCGUUUAUUUUUAUUGCUAUCCUGUCAAACUACGACAGAGGUUAAAAACACAAUCACGAGGUGCUGCGGUCUUUUUCUUCAAAGCACUGUAUAUGAAUCGUGUUUCGUUGAUGGUUAAUGAAGAUGAAGUUGCGGACUACAAAUGGGUCAAUGCGGAAGAGUUUGCUGCAAGCAUGAAACAUAAGAUAUCGUAUCUUCGGGCUGUAUCAACUCUUUUUCCUUCCUAUCUUUUGGCGAGGAAUAACUUUGAAUAUGUUAAAUAA